GGAGGCGGAGGGCGGGCAGGAUGAAAAAUUGGUCCGCUCACCGAAGGGAACCCGGAAGUGGCGCGCAGCAAGUAAAGGUGCCGGAUCCUCUGGCUGUGGUUGAGGUGGGGUCUAGCUGGGCUCGGCCCCCGCCCAGGACCGGACUGAGGAGCCACCACCCAGAAGGAGCGGGGGUAUCAGGACCCAGCAGAUCGAGACAGCCGAUGGCUAGGAACGCGCCUGAGGGCACAGGUCCCAUGCACGUGCCUUUUGGGCAUAUUGUGGCCAACACGAAAUGGCGCGGAUCGAAGCUCCUGCAGGGGAUGCAAGGUCGGUGGGCUGCCCUGUGCAAAAGCCCUCUUCUAAACUUUUUAAAAACGUCCUACCUACUGUCGCCUUUCGCCCAGCGCUCACGGAAGUCAUUUUUCUUGUCUAUGUUCUAAGGGAAAAUUAAAAUCGUUUUUGAGGAUGGCCUGACACCGGUAGAUUUUUACGUGUCAAGCAGAUCUUGCAUUCUUUAUGUCACCGAAGCUGAUUUGGUGGCAGGAAAUGGCUACAGAAAGAGGCUUGUUCAGGUUAGAAAUUAAUCUUCAAGGGAUCGUGAUCGUUGAGAAAACGCAGAUGAGUGAACAGUACUUCUCGGCCAUACAGAAGUUUACUGUGCUGGACCUUGGGAUGGUGUUGCUUCCAGUGACCAGCCAGAUGGAAGCGUCCUGCCUUAUUAUCCAGUUAGUUCAAGAACAAACCAAAGAGCCCAGUAAGAACCCUUUCCUCAGUAAGAAACGGAUUCUGAUGCCCGAGCUAUCCCUCCUUCGAACUGUGCAGCAGAUCCCAGGAGUUGGAAAAGUUAAAGCCCCUCUUCUGCUUCAGAAGUUCCCAAGUAUCCAGCAACUCAGUAAUGCUUCCAUCAGAGAACUAGAGCCAGUGGUGGGACAGGCAGUGGCACAGCACAUUCAUGCCUUCUUCACACAGUCCAGGUGACGGCUCUUCCCGCAGCCAGGAGCUACAGCAUCUUGUUUUCUUUGCAUAUUUAAAAGUUGAGAACAAAGAAAUCUCCUUUCACUGCAACUAAUGAAAAAUGAGGUGAGGCCUGAAUGGCACCUGCCAGUUGCCCUGCCCUGUUCUCUGGGUUCAGGCGUUUAAGAUAGUGGAGUUAGUGGGCUCUAGGUAGCACGGCUCGCAUCCUGCUAGUGAAAGAGGGCCCAUUGGGGGGCACCUGGCUGGCUCACGGGUAGAGCAUGCCAAUCCUGAUCUCAGGGUUGUGAGUUCGAGUCCCACGUUGGAUGUAGAGAGUACUUAAAAAGAAAGUCUUUAAAAAAAGAGAGAGAGAGAGAGAGCAAGAGAGCCCAUGGGGAUCUUCCUAAAAGAGUUUAAAUUGGGACUCUCAAAUUCAGCAAAAAGCCAGCCUGGGCAGAUUUUAACAUAUGACCUUGAUCUUGUCUAGCAUGGAAAAGUCUAAUUAAGUUUCAGAAGGUAGAAGUGACCUUCUAAAGGAAACAAACCUACAAUGAAGCACUAUGCUGUGUACCAUAAGCCUCUUGUUCCUGGUGACAGGCCCAGUGUUCUUCCAGUCUAGUCUUAAUAUCACUAUGUUUUGAGGGUGCUGCCAGUGUAAACAAACAGUUGUACUGCCUUUUUUUUCCUUCCUUUCCCCUCCCUCCCACCCUCCUUCCCCCUUCCUGGUAGCUACAGUUUGUUUAUAGCCACGGAGCAUGCCUUCUGAACACAGCCUGGAGUUUGGAAGUCCCUUUUAAAGAUAAAAAGCCAGUGUGUAUGAGAGGGGUAAAGAAUGUGUUUGCAAAUGUAUAGCCCAACAGUGGGAAGAUACAAAGGAAAAUGGCAGGGGCAGAUGCAUCCAGAGAGGAGAGCUAGUGGUGGGGAUCAAAAGGUACAAUCAGCCACUCAAAAAAUAAAUGCAAUUAAAGAUGCACAUAUGUUUUCAAAGAUGCUGAGAUAACCUGAAAGCUCCCUAAAUCCUGUUUUGUGGUGUCAGUCAUUAUUUAAAAAAAAAAGACGAACAGCAGGAAAGUUUUGUGCAUUAGGGUAGAAACCGUUUGAAAGAGGAGUGAAAUAUAAGUGGGAAAAAAUUUUAAAAACAUUAAUUCAGGCAAAUGAAUAUGUUUAUUUAAAUAUUUAUACAAAAAUGGCCCUAACAGCAGUGGAUAGAUACACUUUCCCAAAUAUGGUUGCUUCCCUUUUGAUAUUGCACACUAGAAAAUAUUUAAGUUCUUAUUAAUUCUCAAAAAUAGAUUUCAAUGCUUUUUUUUUUUUUUUUUUUUUUUUUUUUUA